AUGGCACCAGACAUCCUGUCCCAAGUUACAAUAGAGAUACUGGAAAGCUCAUAUAGCAAAGUCUCCUUUGAAUCUGAUGAAUCGUGUGACGUAGCCAGUUGUGCUGUUCUCCUUUGGUUCAUCCAUUACAUCCACCAGGACAAGAUCAAAGAAGAGUUCCUAUUAUGCGAGAAUCUGCUGACAACCACGAAGGUUUUCCUUGAUGGAGCACCGUCGAUGAUAGGUGGUCAUCGUGGUUUACAGGGCCUCAUACAAGCUGUGAAUCCAGAAAUUUCUGUAGAUCAUUGCAUCAUUCAUCGGUACUCUAUUGGAUUGAAAAGCCUGCCUGGUAACCUGAAGUUAGCGUUUGAAGAUGUGUUGAAAAUCAUCAACUUCAUCAAGUCCAGAAUAUAUACAGAGAUGAGCGACCAUCUGAAGGGGCUUAAAACAGCAUGCAUCACUACCUUCCAGAGAGUGACCAAGAAACAGCCAGUCUUCAGUGGAUCAUUCAUUCCUUCUCUGUACCUGAUGAGGCCAUUCAUGAUGAUGAUUUCCCUGCAAAGGAGGAACGGAUCACAAUGCGAGCCAAUGAAGCCUUGA